ACUCUUUAGCUUUGUCCGUUUUGAGUAAGAUCCGAAACCGGUUCCCGAACAAAGAACCGAAAAGUUUCGGAUUCGGACACUUCAAAUCGGAACCUCACCGUUCCAAACCUUUACUCUCUCUCUCUCUCUCUCUCUCUCUCCCUGCGCGAAUCGGUCAUGGCUGAGAGCCAGAGCUUCGAAGCUCUACGGGUGGAGAAGCUAAAGCCAAACGAAGAAGAAGAACAAGAAGAAGAAGGAGAAGAAGAAGAAGAAGGCGACGAUGAUGAAGAAGAGGAAGAGGAGGAUGGAGCAGAAUCUGAGGACGAACAGAGGCAAGUCCAUGAGGUGCAGAGAGUGGAAGGGGAGUUCAGAGACUCUCAAUUACAAUCCUUAGCGGAGCCUUCCUCGCCCCCGCAGUCGGCGAACGAUGUUCAAUCCGGUCUCGUGUCUUCCUCGCAGCUAUUGUCAGAGUUGCCGGUGAAUUGUGCUGCGGAAUCGACCGAGUCUGCUCAAUUCAAGGAGCAAGUUGGAGUGUCCCAUCAGGAAGUUCUGGCAAGUGAAACUGCCUUAACUGUUCAGGCCCAGACACAAAAUCAACUUCAGCAAUCUGGGUGUCCAACGACUCAAUCAGAAUUUUCACCUGCUUCAGUUACAGAGCCUAUUUCACCUGCUCAAAGUCCAACAGUACCAGAACAACAACUGUCAUUGGCACUCCACAUUAAUGGUGGAUGUACCCCAGAAAUGGACCGGCAAAAUUCUUUGGAGAAAACAAUAUCAACUACUCAUGUGAAGAUGCCUUCAGCUGAUGGUUACAACUGGAGAAAGUAUGGUCAAAAGCAAGUGAAAAGCCCUAAAGGUUCUCGAAGCUAUUACAAGUGCACAUAUUCAGACUGUUCUGUUAAAAAGAUUGAAUGUUGUGAUGACUCUGGUGGUGUAAUAGAGGUGAUUUAUAGAGGCCAGCAUAAUCAUGAACCACCUCGGAUGAUAAACAGUGUGAGAGAAAGUAGGCUCGUGUCGUAUGCUAGGGUUAUUGUAGAGAAUAGUACUGCAGUUAAUUCAGUUAAUGAUUCUGAUCCAUCUACAUCUUCAAAAGAAUCUACGCAGGAAACUCCCCCAUUACGUGAAAGAAAACGAGAGAACUCAAAUGGCUCUGAUGGCAGUGUUGACAUUAAGGUUGAGGAGGAGCAUGUCAAUGAACCAGAGCCAAAACGAAGGGCAAAGAAAAGCAGCUUGGAAUAUUCAGGUUCUCCGCUUAAACCUGGCAAGAAACCUAAAUUUGUUGUGCAUGCAGCUGGUGAUGUGGGGAUCUCGGGAGAUGGCUACAGAUGGCGCAAGUAUGGGCAAAAAAUGGUGAAGGGAAAUCCGCACCCCAGGAACUACUACAGAUGCACAUCUGCUGGAUGCCCUGUCCGUAAGCACAUCGAGAAUGCUGUAGACAACACGAAUGCUGUCAUAAUUACAUACAAGGGAAUACAUGACCAUGACAUGCCCGUACCAAAGAAGCGACAUGGCCCGCCAAGUGCUCCGCUUGUUGCUGCAGCUGCUCCUGCAUCCAUGAACAAUUUACAAUUUAAGAAAACAGAGGCACUCCAAAACGAUAUGACUUCAACCCAAUGGUCUGUGGACACAGAAGGUGAACUGACUGGUGAAGCCUUGGACCUUGGGGGUGAGAAGGCGAUCGAAUCAGCUCGAACUCUAUUGAGCAUUGGAUUUGAAAUCAAGCCCUGCUGAGAAAGUAUGGCUCACCAAAGGAAAGAUUAUUAGGCCUUUCCUGAUUGUGGAGAAUCUUCUUCUUCAGCUAAAACGCUAAAAUCACAGAGCUGCCUCCACAUAAGUUAUUAAAUUUUAUAGGUUUUAUGAAAUUAUUCAUUGUUUGCCUUUAAUUUUCUUUUCUUUGCCUUGGUUUUUCAGUGAGCAGUUUGUAUAUAUAAUUGGCGUGGUGCACUUGUUACAAACUGUUUAGUAGUAGCGGCAUGCUUAGAAUGAA